CGGAGGAAUCAAUCCGGUGCACACUGCUUUUACUAGUCGGAUCGUUGCAGAGGAAUACGGCUACGACGAAGUCAACUUGAACAUGGGUUGUCCAUCGGUAAGUGCCAACACAGUUAUUCAUCACACAAGGAAGGAAUUCGAUACUUGUUUGCUCAAUUUCAAAGCUAACCUGAGUGCACAAUUUUGAUUUGCUCUCAUUUGUUUUGAUUAUCCAAGAACCGGGUGAGCGGAAAGGGAUUCGGGGCCGUAUUAAUGAAAGAAAUCGAGAGAGCUUGCGAGUUAGUAAAAGCCAUGAAGAAUACUUGCAGGAGUAUCCCAGUGUCCGUCAAACUCAGAAUUGGAGUCGACGACGACGAAGAUUUUGGCUUUAUUUGCGAGAUUGUUCGACGCCUCCAUGAGGCCGGGUGCGAUAAGUUCUACGUGCAUGCGCGAAAAGUUCUACUUAAGGGAUUGAACCCUGCCGAAAAUCGCAUCAUUCCUCCUUUAAAUUACCCAAUCGUUUAUCGGCUGUGUGAAGAAUUCCCACAGUGUGACUUUUGGAUCAACGGUGGAAUUUCUGGCCUGAAAGCUGCAAAGGCGAUCGUCUAUGGGGAUGAUGAGCAGGAGAAAGUUCAUAGCAAUGAUACUCCUGUCAUUCAUUCGGUUCCUUGUGAAGUCUGCAAUUAUCCGAAUGGCUCUUGUAUUGCACCACCAACGAAAGCCAAGGUUCCUACCAACUUGCGCGGCUGCAUGCUCGGAAGAGCCGCCAUGGACCAUCCGUCACUUUUUUGGGAUUGUGACCGCUACUUUUACGGAGAAUGUGAAAAUCCCUGUCGAACAAGAAGAGACGUUCUUAAUCAAUAUAUUGAAUAUCUCGAAGAAGUCUACCCUCGGCGAUGCUGCGAUGACGUCGAUGAAAUAACAAACCGUAUUCCAUCGCCGAACGUAGUUCACACGAAGGAUUUUUGUAGCAUUUGCUCCGACUGGCGGAAGGGAAGAGCAAAAAAAUCCAAGAAAUCAACCCAUGAACCCAACGGUCAACUACCAAUUGCUAAUCGCAUGCUCGACAAGAUGGGAAGCGAUAUUGAUGGUGAUUCUGAACCGAAGAACCGGAAGAAGAAAAAGAAAGCAAAAAUUACAACUCAUGUUAUCCGACGUGCCCUACGACCCGUUCUAGGAAUAUUUAAUGGUUUGAGUACGAACAAAGCCUUUCGUCGGAAGUGCGAAGAUCUGACGCAGGAUUUAAGUAUACGUCACUGUGGACCAGCUUUCAUUCUUGUUACCGCGAUGCAAAUAGUUCCGGAUGGUUUUAUCGAUGCGGAAUUCAUUCGCACCGAAGACAUCCCAGCCUCCAACAUCAUCGAACACGUUUCACCCCUAGAAUGUCCAUGCUAAAUGAUUCCACUUUUUUACAUGAAUGGCAGAAUGAUCUUUCAAAUAACAUGAGUCUAUGGUG